AUGUUCGCCGUCCCCGGGUGGUCGGUUUCCAGCGCGGCGCUCAAGCAGCAGACUCAGCCGUCGCAAGCCCAACAAUCCUCCGCAUCGACCGCCGAAGGUUCCACGCCUAAUUCGAAGAACAAGAACAACAAGCGCAAGCGUGGAAAUGAUCAUGUCACUUCGGGAAAUGUCAAUGAGAUGUACCGUAAGCACAUCGAGGGACACGACGAGAGCAAGCCCUGGAAGAAGAAGAAAGAAGGCAAGCAGGCCGCUACCGCGCCCCCCAAGCCUGCCAAUGACGCCGUAAAGGCGACCCCAACCGAGUCCACACCGGAGGAAGGACAAUCGAAGAAGAAGCAGAAGAAGAACAAGAAGAACAAGGGCAAUGCCACCGAAGCCGACAAGGCCCAGGAGGAUGCUGUUCCUGCUUCUGCUGAGGCGAAACCCGCAGCUCUGGCUUCCACAAUUGCUCCAGUACCUCCUACGACUUCGGCAACCCUGACUCCGCUCCAACAAGCGAUGCGCCAAAAGCUGAUCUCAUCUCGUUUCCGCCAUUUGAACGAAACUCUCUAUACAACCGAUUCCUCCAAGGCCGUCGAGCUGUUCAACGCGAACCCCGAACUCUUCGAUGAAUACCAUGCUGGCUUCUCUCGCCAGGUGAAGGAGUCCUGGCCCUCCAACCCCGUUGAUGGCUACAUUCAAGCUGUGCGCCGGCGCGGCGCCGUUCCAAUCCCCAAGCGAGGCAACAAGCCCCAGCCUAACAAGCCCCUGCCUCUCCCCCGUCGUCCCAACGGAACCUGCAAUUUCGCCGAUCUGGGAUGCGGUGAUGCCGCAUUUGCGAGAGCAUUGACCCCGUCUGCCAAGAAGCUGAACCUGAAGCUCAACAGUUACGAUCUCCAGGCCCCCGAUCCCCUCAUCACCAAGGCUGAUAUUUCCAAAUUACCCCUGGAAGAUGGCUCCGUGGAUGUGACCAUCUUCUGCUUGAGUCUGAUGGGCACGAACUGGGUUUCCUUCGUGGAGGAGGCAUGGCGAGUGCUGCGCAGUGACGGGAAGGGCGAGUGCUGGGUCAGCGAGGUCAAGAGUCGCUUCGGCAAAGUCACCCGCAAGAAGUCCCAGAUCGGCGCGCAGAAGCCGCAGAGCAAGAAUGACAAGAAGAAGCCGAAGAAGGGCAAGAAGGGCGACGACGCAGACUCCGAUAUCGACGAAGCUGAUAUCUUUGCCGAGGAUGCCCGCCCUUCAACAGACAAUGACGAGACCGACAUCUCGGCAUUUGUUGAAGUUUUCCGGUCUCGCGGAUUCGUCCUGCGCCCAGAGUCUCUUGACAAGUCCAACAAAAUGUUUGUGAAAAUGGAAUUCGUGAAGCAGGGUGGAGCGCCGACUAAGGGAAAGCACGCGACAGGCUUAAGUGCUCCGGGCAAGGGAGGGAAACGUUUUGUGGACCGGAAGACCGAGACUGACGGGGCAAUGACUGCUGAGCAGGAAGCUCAGGUGCUGAAGCCUUGUGUGUAUAAGAUUCGGUAG